AUGGCCACUGUGGAAGCCAUGACGCGCGGAGCUACGAAGCAUGCCAUCCUCGGGGACGCAUGCAGUCAAGCGUGCGCUGCUGUCAGCGACGCAGCGCGCCUCUUCAACGUCCUACAGGUUUCACCGGGCUGUGAAUCCCCCAGCCUCAGCGACCGGACGCGAUACCCAUACCUCACACGGAUGACGCCUUCCGACCGCUUCAAGGUCAAGCCGGUCUAUGAGAUUAUGCGGAUGUUCAACUUCAAGCGGGUCGGAAUCCUCGAUGGCCCCGUCUACACGGCUGGAGCAAAGGCGGCUUUCAGAGAGCUUCUGGAAGCGGAUGUGGCAGCAGGCACCUACGACUGGACGAUCCUCGUGGAUCGUACCGUUCGGAGCCUGGAGGAUGCCAGCAGCACAGCGGAGGAGGUCUUGGCGCGUGACUCCAAGAUCAACAUGAUGGUCCUUCCAGAGUACACCGGCAUGUGGAUGGUGUGCCAGUUCUUCUUGCGGAACAUGCUUCCCCCGGACUAUGUGUGGUUCGUUUCCGCCUUCGGCAACUGGGUGGAUGGGGUGGCUGACAUGGUAGCAGAAACACCCGAAUGCCCCUGCACUGCGGAGCAGCUGCUGCAGGCCGGCGGGGGACUUAUGGUUAGUGGCCGUUCGCCCAUUCAGCGCCUCAACGCCCCGCACGGCCUGUCCGGCCGACCACUGAUAGACAUCGCCGAUGAAUACGACCUUCGUUGUCAGCAGUUUGGCAACGGACAGGGCGCAUGUGAUGUGCUGUGGACCGGAUAUUUCUACGAUUCGCUUUGGCACUUGGCCGGUAUUUUUCAUUCCUACCUAAUCGAGCAGAACAACCCGCUUUCAUCACUCGGAUCUCCUCAGUCCUUGGAGGGCUUGUUCAACUUGUCCGUGCACGUCGAUUACCUGGGUUUGACGGGCCGGGUGCGGCAGUUCAACAGUAUCGAGCCGACGACGGAGCCACCUUCGUACGGUGACCGUGAUGGCGUACAGCUCGUUCGGCAAAUCCAAGGGGGACGUGGGAAUGAAUUCGUCGAGCUGGCGCUCCGCACCAGUGAUGGCAUUGCCUGGUACACGGAUUUGAUAUGGAGCCCAAGUGACAGCGGCAAGAGGGUGCCCUGCAGCAGUGGGACAUGUAACAUGACCGCUGCGUGGGUGCCCUCCGACCGUAUCAGUGAAUGCUUCCCCGGGACCGUGUUCUCAGUUGAGCUCGGUUGUGUUGCUUGCGAAGCCGGAAGAUUUGCUUCAGUAGGCAUGUCAGAGUGCGAGCCAUGCAACGUGGGCACUUUUGCCAACGAGAGCAGAAUGGAUAGCUGUCGUCCAUGCAGCGCCGGAAGCUUCAGCAACGUGCUAGGUGCGGACAUCUGCGAGACAUGCACCCCAGGGUUCUACGCGAAUGAAAGCUCUAUGACAUCUUGUGACACGUGCCCUGCUGGGCGUUAUGGGCCACAGAGAGGCCUGGCAGAAUGCGAAGAGUGUCCAUCUGGAAGAACCACUGCAUUUUCUGGGGCCAUUACGCAGGAUGCAUGCCAAUGCCAAGGGGAGCUGUAUCAGGGAAGGUGCGUAGUAUGUGUCGGUGACACUCGCUACGAAGAGGGCCAAUGCAUCGCGUGUGGACAGGGAUUGAUCUGCAAUGGCAGUCGCACUGCAGAUAUCGAAGCCGGAUACUUUAGCGAGGCGACCGCUCCCUUCAGCGUCUACAAGUGCCUUCCGCCCGAUUUGUGCCCUGGUGGUUUGCCCGGAACCUGUGCUGACGAGCUCGAGGGGGUGCCUUGCACUCACUGCCCCGAUGGUAAAGCCUGGGACAACGUCGAAGGCUGCGCAGAAUGCACGCCACUGAGCAUUUUCGGCUGGAUCACCGCCGCCUUGUUCGCUCUGGUUUCGGUGCCGGUGCUCUACUACAUGAUGAACAUGAAGCAAACCGCCAAAGCUACAACGAUGCUUGCAACCUCGUGUGCGUUGGCCAUGACCAUCAGCAUGAUCCAGAACGUGGGAAUUGUGGGCUACAUUUCCUUCUCGUGGCCAUCGGAGCUGCAGUGGAUGUUUGACCUCAUGAGCAUCUUCACCCUCGAUCUUCAGGCUGUUGGGUUCGACUGCGUUUCAAGUUCGCCUGUCUACGGAUACAUGAUGACCUCGGCCAUGUUGCCCUGCGCGUUGGUCUGGCUGCUGAUUUGCUUCUUCUUGAGCAAGCUGCUAUCUCCUACGUGGCGUUUCGAGAGCGGCAAGCUCGUUUCCACCAUGGGCCAGUUUAUGCAGGUGAGCUUCACGAUCUACAGCAAGAUCGCUCUGUCGCCCAUGAUGUGCUACACUCACCCCAAUGGAAAGAGCGGCAUGCUUGAGCACAAUGGCAUCUUCUGCUUCGAGAGUGAGGAGCACACACCCAUGUUCCUGAUUGGAAUCCUCCUCCUUGCCGGCAUGAUCGUGUUCUAUGCUAUGGCCAUUUGGGCCACUGUUGUGGCACCGCGGAAAGCAGCCUCCGGCAAUGUCUGGUUUCUUGCUGCGACACGUUUCCUUCUCUUCCGCUUCCGCACGGAUAUUUGGUGGUUUGGAACCUUCAUGCUACCGCGGGGCCUCAUGCUCUCGCUCUCCAUCGUCAUGGCGGGCGACAGUCCCUACGUCCAGAUGCUGCUCAUUGUGUCCGUCAUGCUGACCUACAUGGUGGUGCAGCUGAUCUCAUGGCCUUGGAAGCUACCAGCAUUGAACGCCUUCGACGCCAUCAUCAGCAUCGCGCUGAUUCUCAUGAUGGCAAUCCUGGGUGCUUUCGCUCCAGACUUGAGCUCCGACAUCCAGCAAAGGCUGACGAGCGCGGUCAUCGGAAUCAUCACGUUUCUCAACGUCAUGGUGUUUUUGAUGCUCUGUGUCACUGCCUCUGCACUGAUACGUCUGAAUGUCAUGGGCGGCUCACAGGAGAGCGUGAUACUCGCUCUAGGCAGAAUUCCGCAACCAGAGAUGCUCAGCAACAAGUUCCUCAUACUUUGCUCCAAAAUCAAGGAGCUGGGCGAGGAUAACUUCGCCCAAUUGCUCUCGAACCUUUCCAUCUACGACUUGCGGAUGACGGCGCAGAUCAUAACGGCUGUUGGCUCCGAGGUGGGAGACCAGUCUUUGGUUCUUGCGCGGCGGUCCCAUUUGGUCUCCACUUCGUCCUUUAUAUCCGCCGGAAAGGACAAGGACCUUGACAAGGAGAAGCAGGAAGCCAUGGCAGAGCACAAGGCUGCAGCAUUGCAGGAGAUGCCCCGGGACGAAGCGCCGAAAGACGAAGAGCCACGCAAGCCCGGGGCACCUGAUGCGCUGAGCGAGCCCUCGCAAUCUGCGUGGCUUUAG